UCACAGGAAGGAUGAAGGAUGCGGCUAAAGAACGUAUUUAAGGUGACCCAUCUGCCUCUACCCCUCACAGUUCUCUUGUCAACACACUUUACUGACCUUAACAGAGGUUCUUUCUGCCCUCUUACCCACAAACACCAAGUUUGUUCUGCAGCACCGGCGUCAUCUUGAUCAAAGAGGAAACCAAACAUGUCUGGCAUCAUCAAAGUGUUUCUGCUCCUGGCUGUUCUGAUCUGCAUCUCUAAAGCACAACUCAGUGAAUCAGCGCAGAGCUGCCUGUGUCGGAGCGUCAGGGAUUCCAUUAUGAGAAAUUCUCGACAAAGGGACAUCCAGAUCUACCCGGCAACCAUAUUCUGUAACAAAGUGGAGAUUGUUGUCACAGCCAGCAAUGGCCGGCGUUACUGUCUGAACCCAGACAAGAAAGCGGUGCAAGACCUCGUGCUUGAUAUGAUGUGAGUGAACAUACAGACCUGAGUCUGAGCUCUACCGUCAGAGUACGCUGAGCUUUGUUACACAAAACAUGAGGCAAUAAGGUAACA